AUGGAAGAAUAUCUGAAAAUAGUAUUACUGCUAAAAACUUUGAUAAUAGACCAUUAUGGUCUUAAUUCUCAAUAUAGUUUAAAUGUAAAUAAUACAUUAUAUAAUGAUAACAAAACUAUGUGGCUAAUUGAUAAUUUCGAGAAAAUCUUUUCCAGCAACAAAAAAUUAUCUAAUAUUACUUCAAUGCAACUUAAUCAAAAUUUUAAUAAAUCAAGAUUUAAUAUUGCGAAUAGAAAUUUAUAUAAAAGGAGUCUAUUAUUAAUUAAUAUAACCAAAGAGUUGAAAAUAAAUCCAGUUAUCUUAGGCAACAUUAAUACAACUAUAAAACCAAAUUCAAAUUACAUAGGAAUGGAUAAAGGAUUCGACCUUUCAAACUUUGAUCCAAACAUUUUAUUAUCGCCUAAUGCAAAUAAUAUAGGUAAAUCAUUUGUAAUGCCAAACAUAAAUAAACGGCGAUUUGAAUCUAACACCGAAAUUAUUUUAAUUGUUAUUUAUAGUUUGGUUAGUCUUAUAGGUACAAUAGGUAACGGUUUAGUCCUCAUUGCUUUAAUUUUUAAUAAACGUAUGAGAAAAUCACCCAGGAAUAUUUACAUAUUAAAUUUGGCUUUCUCCGAUUUAAUUUUGUGCCUCUUUACUAGUCCAUUCACCAUAUCUAGUCUUGUUAAAAAAGAUUGGAUAUUAGGUUUGUUUAUGUGUAGACUGAUUUCUUCACUUCAGGCUACUAAUGUAUUUGUUUCGACGAUGAAUAUAACAGCAAUAGCUGUUGACAGGCACCAGGUUAUUCUAUAUCCAACAUCCCAUUUAACUCAUUCUAAAUUUCCUCAUAAUAUAAAGGCUCGAACAUCUAUACCCAAAACCACAAUGGAUAGCAAUAAUAAACCAGACAAUUAUAAAAAAAAUCCCAAAAUUAUUAAUUUAAAAAAAUUAAGCACACAAUAUAUUCCUUUGUUAGCUUCCUUAUUCAAGCAUCCAUCAUCGCGUAUAUCAAACCCUUUGGCUUAUUCACUUACGAACAUUAAAUCAAGUGCCAAUUCUCCUGACAUGAAAACUGAGGAUGCAGAUUUUGAGCCAAACAAAAAUUUAUCUUGCAUUUCUACAGGUAAUGAAGAACAAAAUACUUCUAAUACAUUUAAAUGUUUAUCAAUAGGUUCAAAUAUUAUCAGUUGUCCUACUUUUUAUGAGGAAAAUAAAUCUAUGCCAAAUACAAACUUAUCAAAUGAUUAUAAUAUAAUAUCUUCAUGUUUAACAUCGUUAACACAUUUGUUUAUAUGUUGGAGAGUUCACAUUAUGAAAAUAUUUUAUAGAUUUAAGAUUGGAUUAGUUAUAAUAUGGCUAGUAUCUUUAGCUAUGGCUACCCCUUUAUUUAUUUAUCACUCUGUAAUUCCUAUAGAAUUAUUUGGUUAUAAAAUAUGUUAUGAAAAUUGGCCAACAGGUACAAAAGGACGAAGUCUAUAUUCAUUAUGUUCGUUGUUGUUUCAAUACGUUUUACCCUUUUUAAUAGUCACGAUAUCUUAUAUCAGAAUCGCUCUAAAAUUGCGCGCUCAAGAAUAUCUUACGAAAAAACAUACUUUAAUGCAUCAAAAUAUUAAACCUAUUAUUAAAGGUUCGAAAUCAAUUAAAUUCAAUAGGUUUACCUUGUUCAAAAAUAUUAGAAGUAAAAAUUAUCAGAAACGUCAAAUUAAUAAUGAUCACCAAGAUAUUUUAAAUCAACUAGAUUCAGAAAACAAAAAUGAUUCUCCAUUAUUAGAUGAAACUUUUAAAACAACUCACCAAGUUAUUAAUAAUAGAUAUUGUGAUAUAAAAACGAAGCCUCUCUAUAUCACAGUUAACAAUGAAACUUGUGAAACUAAUCUGAAUGAUUUUUACAUAGAAAAAUCUAGAUUAUUAAAUGUGGAUGAAGAACAAUCAACUAUGUUAUCAACCUUUAAUGACCAUCCAUGUUUAAAUGUUCAAUCGGGGUUACCAACUCUUAAAGAUAAACGGUUAGAAUACUUUCUAAAAAAUUCUAACAAAAUUAAAAAAGUUACAAAUUUGAAUAAUAUUUAUUUAAUGAAAUCAAAGGAGGACGCCAAAAAAAAUCCUUAUCAUAAAAAAUCUAUCGUAACUAUUAAUAAUUCAUUAUUUUUCACAAAAUCAAAAUUUAGUUCUGAAAAAUGGGAUAGAUGCUAUGAUUCGACAAUAUUUAAAAGUAAAAUAUUUGGUUACAAAAGAGCCCCCUUAUGCAGCGUUAAUAAAGCAUAUGAAAAGCGUAAUCAAAAGAAUCGCAAAACUAACAUGUUAUUGAUGAGCAUUGCAUUAGUUUUCACAAUUAGUUGGUUGCCAUUAAACUUAUUUAACCUUCUGUCAGAUAUGGAAUCAGUUUCAUCUUCAACUUUAUUUCAAAAUUUGAACAUACCUUUAAUAUACGCUUGUUGUCAUCUUUUUGGAAUGAGUUCUGCAUGUUCUAAUCCAAUUCUUUAUGGAUGGUUAAACGAUAACUUUAAAAAAGAAUUUAAACUAAUUUUCUCCAAACUUUUCUCAUGUUCCUUAUUUAAAUAUAGUAGUAAUUUUAUAGGCUCAUUGGGUUUUUAA